GCUACAUGGGAGCAGGAAACCAGACAGAAGUAUCAGUAUUCCUCCUUCUGGGCUUCUCAGAAGAUCCAGAACUGCAGCCUCUCCUCUUUGGCUUGUUCCUGUCCAUGUUCCUGGUGACUGUACUGGGAAAUCUGCUCAUCAUCCUGGCUAUCCUUUCUGAUUCCCACCUCCACACCCCCAUGUACUUCUUCCUCUCCAACCUGUCUUUUGUUGACAUCUGUUUCAUCUCCACCACUGUCCCGAAGAUGCUGCUAAACAUCCAGGUACACAGCAAAGACAUUUCCUAUAUAGGAUGCAUCACUCAGGUAUAUUUCUUUAUGAUUUUUGCUGGAAUGGAUGAUUUCCUCUUGACUGUGAUGGCCUAUGACCGGUUUGUGGCCAUCUGCCACCCUCUGCACUAUACCAUCAUCAUGAACCCACGACUCUGUGUCCUCCUGGUUCUGAUUUGUUGGCUCACCAUUUUCUGGGUCUCCCUGAUUCAUAUUCUAAUGGUAGGGCAGCUGACCUUCUGUACAGGCACUGAACUUCCACAUUUCUUCUGUGAACUGGCUCAGAUUCUCAAGGUGGCCUGCUCUGACACCCUCAUCAAUAACAUCUGCUUGUAUGUUGCCACUGCUCUGCUGUGUGUUUUUCCUCUCACUGGGAUUCUUUUCUCUUACUCUCAGAUCGUCUCCUCCUUAAUGAGGAUGUCUUCCACUGAGGGCAAGUAUAAAGCAUUUUCCACUUGUGGGUCUCACCUUUCUGUGGUCUCCUUGUUCUAUGGUACAAGCCUGGGGGUCUAUCUCACUUCUGCUGUGACCCAUUCUUCCCAGAGAAGCUCAGUUGCAUCAGUGAUGUACACUGUGGUCACCCCCAUGCUGAACCCCUUUAUCUACAGCCUGAGGAACAAGGAUGUGAAGGGCGCCCUGCGAAGGCUCCUCAACAGAGCAGCCUCAUGUCCAUGAUGGGCCACUGGCCUCAGAACCAAGUGGACAUUGCAGGCCCCAAAGGCAAAUGUGAAUUUAAAUAUUUUUCUCCUUUAAUAGACAUCUUUGAUUUAUCUAAUUCCCAAAGUACCCAUGACUUCCUUUUUGUUUUUGUAUUAGUCUCUCCUCAACAAUCCCUCUGUAGUCCUUUUUGACUUUUCUUCCCUAUAUGCUGUCCAAAAAGUUCCAUGUUUUAUCAGCUUUCUUGUAGCCAUUCUUAAGAUUUCUAACUUUAGGUUUAAAGUACUCAUCAUAUCAAGUGCUGCUGUGGCUGCCCCCAAAAUUAUACUCUAAAAUGUUGAUGUUCUCCGCAUCCUCUCCAACAUUUGUGGUUUCCUGCCUUGUUAAUUUUCCCCAUUCUCACUGGUGUGAGGUGGUAUCUCAUUGUGGUUUUGAUUUGUAUUUCCCUGAUGGCAAG